UUCACAAACUGUUGUAGACACACUUCACGCCCUGUUGAAUAGUCAAUAGAUUAACGUCGUCGGUUUACAGUAAUUCCGUUACUCCGUAGGCAAAUUGGGUUUCCUCAGCCACAUACUUAAUUUCAGACUUUGCCAAGAUGCCAGUUCAUCGCACAACAGUGAUUAACAGUAAUGUUGUGACUUCCCAAGUUGGUAUUGUGCGACUUCUUGAGAUCAUUUUUACCUGCGUUACCUUCAGUCUAGUGGUACACCGUGGUGGGUGGCACUCGCACCAUGCUGGAGAUUGGUGCAUGUUCUGCUGGUGUUUCUGCUUUUCUGUCAGCGUUUUAAUUGUGUUAGUGGAACUUUUUGGACUACAAAACAGAGUUCCUGUGUCUUGGAAAAAUUUCCCUAUUACUUUUGCAAUGUUUGCAACAUUGUUGUGUUUGUCUGCCUCUGUCAUUUACCCUAUAUUCUUCCUGAACACGGGUGUGCAGCCCUACCGUGAGAUAAGAGAUUAUCGUAUUGCUGCCACAGUUUUCUCAUGCCUGGCCUUCAUUGCUUAUACAAUAGAGGUAUCUAUGACCCGAGCAAAGCCUGGAGAAGUUACUGGAUAUAUGGCCACAGUGCCUGGCCUUUUGAAAGUGGUGGAAGGUUUCACAGCGUGCAUUAUCUUUGUUUUAAUCAGUGAACCUGUUUCUUAUGCCAGUCAUGAUGCACUUAAAUGGUGCCUUGCAGUCUACUGCAUCUGUUUUAUCCUUUGCAUUUUGGUUAUUAUCCUUUGUGUGGGCGAGUGUACUGGGUGGCUGCCGUUUGCGUUCGACAAGUUCCUUAGUGCCUAUGCCCUGCUUGCAGUCUUGAUGUAUGCCUCAGCCACUAUCAUCUGGCCCAUUUUCAAGUUUGACAAAAAUCAUGGUGGUCAAGACCGUCGCCCAGAUUAUUGCAAAAACCGUGUAUUAUGUGAUUGGGAUAAACUUAUUGGCAUUGCCGUGCUGACUGCUUUCAACCUGAUCAUUUACAUCGCUGAUCUUGUCUACUCUGCCAGACUCAUCUUCAUCAGAGUCCCAUAAUCUGAAUGCUAUUAGCCCUAGCCUUCCAUCUGACUCCAGUCCUCCAGCUGCCUUUGUUAAAAGUAUGCAUAUUUUUAUACUGUAACUUGCUGACUUUUUUUAAGUCUGCUUCCUUCAGUAGCGAGUCCCACUGGGGGUAUGAAUACAUAUUCUGAGUAUUUGUAGAAAACAUGACUUUAUUGCAUUAACCAAAAAUCUCACCAACAGGAUUUUUCGACAAAACCAUUUACCAGUGAACAGCAUUUUGUAGAUUUCUUGGGCAAAAAUCUAAAUGAAAAGGACACCAUUGAAGUAUUUUCAGAUGGCCACCAAGAACAUUGAUUUCAGUUUGUAUACAGAAGGGGAAAUAAUUGUAUGGAGUACAACUAAAAGUGUUACUUUCUUUUACAAAAAUCAUCCCUGAAUGAGUUUUUGACCAAGAGUGUUUUUAUUAGAUUGUCCUGUAUUUUAAUUGUUUUUUGCUGUUUUCUUCCAUGCUCUUCAUAUUUGUAUCUUACUGGAAAAGUAGAAAAAAAAACAUGGGGCCUUCACCUACUGAAUAGUUUCUGGUUCAGCAGAUUUUUCCUAAAAGGUCACGUACAGAUGAUAUAAUUUGGGUUUUUGAAAUUCUGUGGUAUGGCAAGUAACCCAGUUUAAGUACAUGGGUACUACUGGAAUUGAAGUGAAAAAAAUUGACUCAAAGCAGUCCUAAUUGUAAGUUUACCUCAAAGUAAUAACUGAAUACUUUCCAUGUAGAUCAAAGACUAAAAUGUGUUAUUCUACAUUGCCUUUCUUGCUAUUUCUUCAUCUGCUAUGGUAGAAAGAGGUAACUCUGAAGUUAGUGUAAGGCUAUGGCCUCAUCAUUCCAAUGUCUUUGUUAAAUACUGGACACAUUCAUAUUUAAAGUAUAUUUUUAAAUAUUCCUGGAAAAUGUCAACGUCUACAGACAAGGUUUUAGCAGAUGGCAUUCAUGUUUUCUUCAGAUGUCUGUGUUAAACAAUGAAAUAAUACUGUGGUAAAACUAAAAGGAAAUUGUCUUUUGGUUUUAAUACUCAUUUUAAGGAUUGAAUGCAAGACCAGCUAUUCAGCAGUACUUUUGUGAUUUAUACUCAGCAUUUCAUUUCAGUUUAUGGCUUUCUUGCGUUAUUUUCUAUAAGCUCUGUCACACUGUAUGCCUUUUCUGCAUGUACACAACAUUCUUCAUUAAAUACUGCAACAAAUGGCAUUUUUUUUUACAAUUAUUUCAAGAAGUUUAGCAUUUACUGCAGGCAAGAGUAAACUGUAAAAAGGAAAUUAUGUAAAACAACUUCAGCAAUGUUUUGUUGUCUGUGUAAUUUUUCUAUGCUCUGAUCAGUCUUGUUAAUUCCUUACAAAAUUAGAGAAAAUGUGGGGAUGCAUUUCCAAUUAGCAAAGCUUUCAAAGUUGUAUGCCCUAUGCUGUGUAUAUUUAGUGAUGUGUCUAUCAGCGUUUUACUUUCAUGCAAAAAGUCAAUGCAUUUGUACCCAUUUGUGUACUCUUCAAGCUUGCUACACAGAACAGUAUUUUAUGUGUGUGUUGUAGUUGUUGUUCAUAAAUCUUCUUAAAUGAAAAUAUAAAAUUUGAUGUAUAUAAAGCAUUUACUUUGUCUUCCGAUUCUCA